AUGUUGCUGCAACGAAGAAGGGAAAGUGAAAACUUGAUCUCCACCAAUCAUGAUGAUGAUGAUUUUUAUGAAGAACAAGAACAAAGGAUUUUUACUUCACCACUGUCGAUCGUGGUCACCAACUCUGGUUUGACUGAACAAAAACAACCAACAUUUCCAGAACCAAUGUCCGCUCUCACGUUGGGUGGUUGGAUUCAUGAUUUUGAUGUGGUGAACAUGAAUGACACUGAAUCAUGUGGUAAACGAAAGAGAAAUGAUGAUUUGUUUGAAUAUGAUGAAGAAAACAUGUCAUUUUUCGAUUACAAGGAUGAAGAAAUUGAUGAAGAUUGGGAAUGCUUAUUUGAAGAACAGCAAACAAAAAAGAUGAAAAUAGAACAAAUGAUCUCGACACAAUAUGAAAUUGCAAAUGACGUUUGGACUUUUAAUAUUUUCGUAUUUUUGGAAUGGGACGAGUUGUUUGCAUUGAGACGAGUGUGUAAAAAUUGGUACAGCAUUAUCAAACAUGUACCAGCCAAAUUGACAGCAUGUAUGCACAAUCCAACAUAUUUUCGAGGCUUUUUGGAAAACUUGAAUCCAUAUUACCAUAAUUUGACAGAAAUCACAUUGAUGAAGUACGAUGUUACGAAAAUUCGAUGUCACAGAUUAAGAAAUGCUGCAAGAAUCAUAUUUUUAAGUCAACCCAAUCUACAAAAAUUAGAUUUACAAUCAGGUUGUAAAAUUGGACGAGAAGAAGCUCAAUCAUUGACACUUGUUACCAAACCUCAUUUGAAGGAAAUUCUCAUACCAAACAAUGAAGUCGAUGACACGAUAUGCGAACUCAUAUGUAAUGGGAACACUCCUGCCAUUGAAUAUGCCGAUCUGUCCAUGAAUUUCUUAUCAAGCAGUUCAUGUGAAUUUAUUUCACGAUGGAAGCAUUUGAAAUACUUGGAUUUAUCUUACAACUUGCUUAGUCCAUUGGCCUGUCAAUUUCUAUCGAGCUUGUCCGAAUUGACCGAACUAAAACUUGCUGGUUGCGGCAUUGGUGACCAAGGUUGUGAAUAUUUAAGCAGAACACCAGAUCAAUUAUCACAACUUUCCAAAUUAGACGUCUCAUCGAACGAAAUCACGGCUCUUGGUUGCAAGCAUCUAUCCAAACUCACAUCUAUUACAUGGCUCGAUAUUUCAUUCAACACCAUCACUCACGAGGGAAUUACUCAUUUGGGAGGAAUGACACAACUCAUUGCUCUUCAUGCAGCAGAUACCUCUCUGGGAGCAUCAGGAGUAGCUGCACUCUCUAGAAUUGACGCCCUUCGCAAUAAUUUAACAGAGCUCAACUUGACUAAGAAUAAUAUUUGCAACGAAGGAUGUGAAUAUUUCAAAAACUUUAACAAGUUGAAAGUGCUUCGAUUGGGUCUCAAUAGAAUUGGGCAGUUGGGAUGCAAACAUUUAUCAGAAAUUACUUUUAAUGACCUUCAACUUCUUGAUUUGCAUUACAAUUCCAUAGGAGUCAAAGGAACAUGCUUUUUAUCACGAAAUAGCUUUCCAAGUCUUCGAGAGUUGAAUAUUUGCAGUAAUAGCAUCCACAAUCCUCAAUGUCCUUGUUUCAAGAAUGCUGCCUUUCCAAAUCUUCAGUCGCUGUACAUUAAUGGAAACAAUAUUACAGAAACAUAUUUGAAUGACAUCAAACAAACACAUCCUCAACUUAAAACAGACGUCCAGAUUUCGCAAGAAGUGUUUAACUUUAAUCCUCGAACGUACUUCACAAACAAAACAGAAAGGGGUGCUCAUCCAGUGCGGUAA